AUGGAUGCAUGCACUCGACAAAGGACAAAUUAUUUUGGUAUUAACGUGCAAUUCGUGGACGAUAACGAUAAAAUAUGUAUAAAUACAAUUGCAGUUAAAGAUACAAAAGCUCAACAUGGUAGUGAUUUUUUAAAAACACUAAUAAUUGACGUUUUACGUGAAUAUGACAUUAAAUUCCAACAAAUUUUAAGUAUUGUGACAGAUAAUGCUAGCAAUAUGAAGACGACUAUUGAUAAAUUAAAUCUAGAUGAAUCACUCCAAAAUCAUAAAAGUAACGAAGACAAUGUUGAUGACGAAGAAAUUGUAAUUGAUUUAGAAACGGAAGAAACGGAAUAUAUUGCACUUGCUAGUCAACACAAAAUAAAUCACAUGCGCUGUGCUGCUCAUACUUUACAGCUCGCAAUAAGAGAUGGUUUAAAAGAGGUUCAUGCAACACAAUUGAUUGGCAAAAUACGAAAUAUUGUAGUAAUAUUACGGAAUCCGAAAAUUGAUGGCUUACUUAAACGGAAAGCAGGGAAAGGAGCAAUUAUUGAUCAACCUACACGAUGGGGUAGUACAUUUGUAAUGAUUAAGCGUUUUUUGGAGUUGAAACCAUUCAUAUCGGAUUUGGUUCAUCCUGACAUUGUGUUGACCGAAGAUAUGUGGAUCCAAAUUAUGGAAUUGGAAACAUUAUUACGCCAACCCCACAUUGUAACCGUACAAUUGCAAUCGGCAGAUUUAACUCCAGGUGUAUUUUUAAAGGAGUGGAAAAAUUUAAUUUUUAAUCUUUCUAAAAUUGAAGGACCGAUAGCAGAAGGGAUUAGAAGUUCUAUGAUUCGCAGAGAAAGUCUCCUGUUAGAUAACGAUAUUCUUCUGGCAGCAAUAUACAUUGAUCCUAUGUAUCGAAUAUUACUUUCAGAGGAACAGAUGAUAAGAGGUAGAAAAUCUUUUUAUACAGUUGGAUUAAGAAUGUUUAAUAACAACUUAGAAGAUAAUAAAGUUGCUGGGUUAUACGACGAAGAAAAUAAAAGAAGUGAACCUCAUUUAAAAUCAGAUUUAUCUGAUAAUGAUGUUGCAUUAUUCAAACAAAAUUUUGAAAAUGCAUUAACAUUGGUGGAGAGAUUUAACAGAUAUAGUAAAUUAACUGUAAAAGAAGCUAUUCCAAAAUAUCCCAAAAUAGUUCAAAAUAGUGCAUGGGCUGUAACCGCUUUGCCACCAACGCAAGUCAGUGUGGAACGGUUAUUUUCCGCAUUGAAAAUAAUAAAAUCUGAUCUGAGAGCAUCGCUCAAAGAUGACAUUUUAGAAGCUAUACUAUAUUUACGAACUAACGUUCAGUAA